CGGGGUUUCACUCACGCACGGCUCUUGACUUUCUACCACAAUGUAUCGCUCUUCAGCCACCAGAGCGGCAUCUUCUCUUGCUGCGACACGUCGAUCCAUUUCAGUUCAGUCUUUGUUACACGGUUCUCCAGAGGCCAAGAAGGCCGGUGAGGUUGACAUCCUCCAGCAUUCCCGUCUUGUUGGUCGCGGCAAGUACGUUCAUGGCUUUGAAGUACACCGCGUCAAGUCCGACAAGACGGAUGAGUAUAAAGUCGCAGCCGAGAAAUAUUACACAGGCCUCCUUAAGGAUCCUGACAUGAAAGUGAAGUUGACAGGUAGCUGGGAGACCCUUGUUGGGGAGCAAGACACGUUCUUUCAUAUCCUUGAAUAUGAGAACUAUGGUGGAUACGACAAGUCGAGCGCACUGGCACGGACAUCGGAGCACUUGAAAGCGUAUCAGGCGAUGUUGCCGUUCAUCAAUUCACGGUUCUCUCAGUUGAACCAGGAGUUUGCGUUCUUCCCGACUGCUCCACCGCGCGCGCAAGGCGGUAUUUUCGAGCUGCGAUCAUAUCAGUUGAAAGCAGGCACUUUGUUGGAAUGGGAACACACCUGGCGAAGAGGCAUCGAGGCACGGCGCAAGCACGUCGCUCCAGUCGGCGCGUGGUUCUCGCAGGUUGGACGACUCAACCAGGUACACCAUAUGUGGCAGUAUCCAAACCUGGCGACUCGUAAAGAGACGAGAGAGAAUGCAUGGCAAGUUGAUGGGUGGGCAGAAACCGUAGACAAGACGUCGCAAUUGGCCAAAUUUAUGGAUGCGUUCAUUCUCGCCCCUCUACCGUACAGCCCACUGAAGUAAGGGUCGAGACAGUCAGGAACCAGCGCAUAAUGAAUGGGCUGUCACAGACACAGAUCUCUGGCGGUGGCUGACUGUGCGCUUUGCAUGACAUGGGGUAAGAUAAAAGUGACCAGCUUGUAUUAACAUGCGAUUCAACGGCGAUAUAAGGGACCGAGUGGCAACCAUGUUCUGCCGUUGAGCAGCACGGCAGCCGACGGUGAUUGCAAGCGUCCACUCGCAUCAAAGUCAGGACGGAAAAUACAUCACAUCAACAAAGCUCGGACAUGUCGCCCGAUCGGCUCAUGUCGGACCGGAGUCAACGCUGAUUGGCUC